AUGGGUGCACGCCCCAUGCGUCGCGCAGUCUCGUUGCGCAGCAUCUGCAUCUCCAUCGACGCGAAGAAAGCGGGCUCCCAUCGCUGCGAAACCGAGGUUUCGAAAUCCGAACGGUCAAGUCUGCCGUCUGGUGGGGAUGCGGGAGUUCCAGGAUUUGGGCUCCGUGGUCGUCCAGGAGAUGCACUCCAUGGACUCGGCUGGAGCGUUCAUACCAGAGCCUGUGGCUUUGCCGGAGGAUGCGACCGUCCUUUUCAAUGCGAGCAGUUUCGAUGUCCUCGCCGUCGGCAGCGGCAUCGGACGCCUUUGCUCCAGUCGUGGAAUGUCUUUGGACCUCGAGAGUGGCAUGAAUGUCUUCGACCUGUCGAAAAGCACUGGGCCAAGCUCACUGAGCCACUCGCACCGGGUCGACAGCUGCAGGAGAUGAUCAACUCCUGGACCGAUGAGGCGACGCCCUUCACCAUGCAACUGGAGAACGUGGACCUGCUGGGCAUCUCCAUGGCGGAUGUGCAGGUGACGCUCCAGAAGGAUGAGGUGCUCAACGACCUGGUCGGCACGCUGAAGGUCCUGCGCGUGGUUCCUUCUACUCCAAGUUCCAGGUUGACGCAUGGCAACCUGGCGACCCUGAACGUGCGACGCACCCGGAGCCGCAGCAGCAGUCGGAGCGGCGAGAGGCCACGGCGACAGACCUCCGCGGAGCGCGGAACGGGUUCCAUCUUGGAGCUGCGGACACGUGCGCCGAUGUCACUCUGA